CGACGACGACGCAGUGUCCUCAUGGGCGUCGCCCCUGCUCGUCCGAUGCCGUCUGGGCUCGAGUCCCCCUCGGCGCUCGGGAUCCCCCCGCUCUUCGGCUGCAGCUCAUAACCUUGCCAGCGUCCGCCCGCGGCGCCCCCAGGGGAAGCUCUCUCGCGGCCGAUGGCGCGGACUUACGCCGAACCCCGCCUGGCGCCCCUCGACAGCACCUUCCAGGUCUGGGGCGAGCCGCCCCGCGCCCGCAAGCGCAGCCACAGCCACUCGGGGUACGCGCCCCACCACCUCAGGCCGACGAUCGACGACCUCGAGGAGCGGCGGGCGGCGUACGCCUCCGCCACCUCGGACGGCGGCUCGACCUCCGCGCACGGCAGCAGCGCCUCGGAGGCCCCGAGCAGCCGAAGGAGGCACGACGAGCAGGCGGGCGGCCUCGACGAGGAGAGUGCGCCGGAGCUGUGGCCGGACACCGACGAAGACGACGAGGCGUUCGAGUGGACGCCCUGCGGCAGCCGCAGGGCUGCCGCGGUCCCGCUCCCUGUCGGCGCAGGGGCCUGGGCGGAAGGCGCGGCCUGCCUCGCGCUCGUGGCGCCGCCGCAGGUCUUCGCCGUGGCUCCGGCCAGCAGGGCCGCCUGCUCCCCGGCGGUGGCCGCAGCCCUGCGCGCGCCGCCAGCAGUUCCGCCGGCCCCCGUGCACUGGCGCGGCCACGCCGGGGCAGCGCCACCGGGCGCCCUCGGGCUGCCAGUGCUGGCGCAGGCCGAGCUGCGGGCGCCCGCGCCCCGCGUGCCACUGGUGCUCCAGCCGGUGGCCGCCGUGGCGUUCGGCGGCCAGUGUGCACCGGUAAACCGCACCGUGCUGGCCUGCGCCGCGGCCACCACGCCGUGCGGCGCCGACAGCCUGGAGUCCGCCAUGCGGGCUGCCGAGUCGGCGUUGGCGGCCCUCGAGGUGGAAGAGGCUCAGCAUCGUCAGACGUCUGGCCCAUCCCCAUCCCCGCCUGGGUCAUGGUAUCUCAGCCCCAUCAGCGAC